UUCCGUCGCUUGCCUCACUUCCUUUUAUGGCCGAGGGCGGUGCUGGGUGUGGAGGCGACUGCUCUGUCGUCGACACCGUUUCCCCUUAGGCCUCGAAGUCAAGUCCAGUCAGCCUUUCAGAGACACUCAGGUCCAGUUUGGGUGUCACUGUCCGGCGACAGACAUUCUGGUGACUUCUGCAGCCAUAGCCUUUUGAUUUUUUUUUCUGACAGAACGGCGGUAGCUUAAGGCUCUGAGGCCUGGGCAGAUAGCGGUUUCGAUCCUUCAGCGACAAAGGUCAGAGACUAUCACAGUACUGUCUGGGGAUUUUGGUGACUGGAGGAGGGGAGCAGUUGAGAGGGCAGCAAUGGAAUCUGAUCUUGUGAUUGGUGACGGCAGUGGCCAGGCCUGUGGCGUCCUGAGCAUCUGCGGUGAGCCCCACUACAAGGAGCGGGAAUCCUCUGUUUCCGGAAGUGAAAGUGGAAGUGAAAGUGGAAGUGAAAGUGGAAGUGGACAGAGAUCCCCCAAAUCCACAACCUCUAUCCAUUUAAGGUCUCGUUCCAAGGAACUGCCCAAACAUUCUAGAUCAAAGUCACGGUCCAGAUCUCUAUCGAGAUCUCCAAAUGGCAAUCGGAGGCCUCAUGGAAGAUCCAGCUCUCGUUCUGGAUCUCUGUCUCGCUCUCGCAUUCGCAUUCGUUCUCGCAUUCAUUCUCACAUUCGCCCUCACUUUCGCCCUCACAUUCGCCCUCACUUCCACCCUCACAUUCGCCAUCACAUUCGCCAUCACAUUCACCAUCACAUUCGCCAUCAUAUUCGCCAUCACAUUCGCCCUCAUAUUCGCCAUCACUUUCACCAUCACAUUCGCCCUCACUUUCACCCUCACUUUCACCCUCAUGUUCGCCCUCACAUUCGCCCCCACUUUCACCCUCACUUUCACCCUCGCUAUGGCUCUCCGGCUCAAUACAGAACCAGAUCCCGAUCCUACUUUCGAUCCAGAACCAGAUCCCGCUCCCGCUGCUGCCGAAGACGGACCCGUAGCAGAUCUUACAGCCGUGAUUUUCGGGAGUACCGUAGGUACUUUAGCCGCAGUCGUUCUCCUCUGGCUCCCCGAAGGCGCCAUUUCGAUAAUCGAUCCCAUCCUGAUCCCAACUGUUGUCUUGGUGUAUUUGGACUGAGUCUUUUCACCACAGAAAAGGACCUAAGAGAGAUAUUCGCUAAAUAUGGCCCAAUUUCGAAUGUCGCCGUUGUGUAUGACCAGCAGUCCAGGCGCUCCAGGGGGUUUGCUUUUGUCUAUUUUGAAAGUGUGGAUAAUGCCAAGGAAGCUAGGGAAGGUGCUGAUGGGUUGGAGGUUGAUGGGCGAAGAAUCAGAGUAGAUUUCUCUAUAACAAAAAGACCCCACACUCCCACACCUGGAGUCUACAUGGGAAGACCUACUUAUGGCAGACGCAGUGUUUUCUUUGAUCGAGGAGUAUAUGAACGAGCUAGUGACCGGGACUAUUACUGCAGUAGGCCCCAUAGAGGAGCAGGUGGAGUUGCCUCACUAAUGGGAAGUAGAGGAGGAUGGAGAAGUGGCCCAGAGAGGGAUCUGAGCUACAGAAGGCAUUCUCCAUCUCCUUAUUACAACCGGAGAUACCGAUCCCAUUCCAGAUCUCGACCUUACUCUCCUCAUCACUUUUAAAGGCUGAACAUGGAGAAUUUCUCAAAGUUGUGCUAGACUUACGUUUUGCUUUCGCUUCUUUCCUACUGUCUGCUGUUUCAAAACUGAACUAUGCCUCGUGAGUUGAAACCACCUUUACCCAGUUAACUGUUUCCAGAACAAUGCGUUUAAAGACCACGUUUUGAGUGAUUAAAAAAGUUUCUUUGGGACAAAAGCUUCAUUUAAAAGCUUUUUCUGUUGAAUCCGUGGGAAAGUGAAGAUUUCCCAUUUCUGGAAGAUAUCUACAAUAUGUCACACCAACAACAUUCAGAGCUUGAUUGUUACUUUUCUCUUUACUAUGUCGAAAAACGCCAAUUGUUCAAGUUAAGUUGUUUAGUAGCCAAUAAGUCUAAGUUCCUCCCCGUCUCCCUCCCCUUCCCCUCCGCUUCCCUCUCCAACCCCCCUCCCCCGCGCCAUUUAGAGAGUGUUCUGCAUACUUAUCUACAAUUUAGUGUUAUAAUUUUACUGUGUAAUUCUGUUACUGGUGUUAGAUCUAAAGGUAUUUUUAUGAAACAAUUUAGUAAUUCUUAUCUGAAGGUUAAGUUUGACAAGGCCUUAAUGUAAUCUAUAAUUGCAAGUAGGAGGGGGGAAUAGAGUUACAUAAUAUAUGGUUAGAGGGGGGUUUUCCCCUUAGGAUGAGAGUGAUAUAAAAGUGGUGAUACUGAGCCUUGGGUUAUCGGGGAAUAAUAAUACUGUCUACCACAAAUGUUACCUUAAUUCUCUGGCUCUCCACGUCAUGAACGAUGGGAAAAAUACUUCAUUGGUUUAAUGAAAUGAACUGAAAAUGUUGCCUGCUAAUUUUUUUCACCUCUUUUGAGGUUUUCUUUUGCUUCUCAAAGGUGUUCUGCUUUACUCAACUGUUUCUAAAACCUGUUUAAGCUCAUUUAAAAUUUUAAAAAAUACAGAAAAAAAAGAUAGAGCCCUGGAGGGCAGGGGACAGCCACCCUGAGUGGCAUAUAGAGUAAAAAGGACCACAAAGUGGAGCAGAUAAGGGCAGGCUUGAUUGGGGUUUUGCUCCUUAACUGUGUACAUUGAAGAGAGGGAGGGACAACUGCCUGUGGGUGGAAGGAGGCUGGGUCGGAGGACACAGCAUGGUACAUCUCACUACUUUGUGGUCAAAGAACUUCUGUGAGCUCCUUCUGAGUUCAGAGAUGUUCCAAAAUGGUAU